AUGGCGGCUGAGGCCCCGAGCCCCGGGGAGAGGAUCAACAUCCAGGCGGGCGAGGGUCCCCCAGCCUCCGGAGCCAAGGUCGGGAACGGCUGCCCGUGCGGUGACACGGCGGCGGCGCCCGGGCCGCGAGGGCGGUCAUGGCGCCACAAAUGCGCCUCGUAUGUGCUGGCGCUUCGGCCGUGGAGCUUCAGCGCGUCGCUGAGCCCUGUGGCGCUGGGGAGUGCGCUGGCCUAUCGCUCCCAGGGCGCGCUGCAGCCGGGCCUGCUGCUGGGCAGCGCCGUGGCUGUGCUGGCCGUGCACGGGGCCGGGAACCUGGUCAACACCUACUACGACUUCUCCAAGGGCAUCGACCACAAGAAGAGCGACGACCGCACACUGGUGGACCGCAUCCUGGAGCCCCAGGACGUGGUUCGCUUCGGAGUCUUCCUCUACACACUGGGCUGCCUGUGCGCUGCUUGCCUCUACUGCUUGUCCACCCUCAAGCUUGAGCAUCUGGCACUCAUCUUCUUCGGGGGCCUCUCCAGCUCUUUCCUCUACACUGGAGGAAUUGGAUUCAAAUAUGUGGCUUUGGGAGACCUGGUCAUCCUCAUCACCUUUGGUCCACUGGCUGUUAUGUUCGCCUACGCUGUGCAGGUGGGGUCCCUGGCCAUCUUCCCGCUGGUCUACGCCAUCCCCUUGGCUCUCAGCACUGAGGCCAUCCUCCAUUCCAACAACACCCGGGACAUGGAGUCAGACAGAGAGGCGGGCAUUGUCACUCUGGCCAUUCUUAUUGGUCCCACCUUCUCCUACAUCCUCUACAACACGCUGCUCUUCCUGCCCUACCUAAUCUUCAGCAUCCUGGCCACUCGCUACACCAUCAGCAUGGCGCUGCCUCUGCUCACCAUUCCCAUGGCCUUUUCACUGGAGAGACAGUUCAGGAGUCAGACCUUCAACAAACUGCCACAGAGGACUGCCAAGCUCAACCUCCUGCUGGGGCUUUUCUACGUCUUUGGCAUCAUCUUGGCACCAGCAGGCACCCUGCCCAAACUCUAAAGGGACCCAAGGUUCUGCCCCCAACCCUUGUGCCCCCUUCAGUGGAAUGUGACUCCCUGGUGUCUGAGAACAGACUGGGAUUCUGUGACCUUUCACCCUUUCUGAGUAACAGACUCUUAAUAUGCAAAAUGUGUGAAUGAUGGCAGUCUGGUAGUGAUCCAAGGGCAGAGUGCUCGCUCCGUUCACAGUCUCCACUAGAGGGCAGUGUCCUGUCACUUUGAAAUGAAGCUUCCCCUUCCUUGCACAUGGGAGUACUCAGAGCACUCUCAGGGGCUUAGCCUCUUGCCUCACCAUCCCCCUUCAAUUAGGACCCUAAUUACUGGGCACUUAUUACAAUUCUUAUUUCAGCUCUA